CUUAAAAAAGCAUGAAUAACAGAUAUUUUUUUUACACAGCUCGGAUUCUGAGACCUCGGAUUACGAUUAGUUUUAGGGUUUAAUUUGUGAAAAAGAUUGUUUAUUUCGAUUGAUUCUACGUUUCCACUCCGGCGAAAGCUGAAGCAUUCUCCAAAUGAAUAAAAACUGCCGCAUUUGUCGACUAUUCAAGUCGAGUGAGUUAAUAUUUAUGUACUGUAUUGACAUCACGCAUCAAGAAUAUGUUUCAGAUAUGAUUGAAACCGUAGCUGGGAUAAAGUUAGACGAAAACGACCGCUUUCCUGAUCAUAUAUGCGACCAGUGCUUCCGGAAACUCGACAGUACAUAUUCACUUUGGAAACGCUGUCAAUCGCAUCAUCUGCUAACGAAAUGCCCCAGAGAGCGGGAAGACGAAUAUUUCCGCUGUCGAAUCUGCACGCGCAAGGAUGUCGAUGAGUUGAUUUCACUACACAGCAUUUGUGACACAUGGAAGCUGAAAGUUCACGAGAUGAUACGGUUUUUAGGUAACGUAGCCGUCGAGGAGGGCACUGGCUUGCCACCGUAUGUUUGUGAUGUUUGCUUAGAUGCACUGGACGAGGGCGUUGGGUUGAAGAGACUAUGUCUUGAGUCGGCUGCAGUUUGGCGUAGCGAAACCACGUUCGCUUGGGAGAAGAUGGAAUUCGAAAGCAACAAUCACGAGGGUUUGGUGGUUGAUCUAUAUGCCAAACUGAUUGACAAUAACGAAACCGGAAUGCUCGAGUGUUCGGUAUGUGAGCUCGGAGUGGUUUCAAAUCCGCGUCCGGAUAGCUGCAGUGGAUGCUUGUUACAGUUUGAAAAUAGAAACAUACGAAGCUGUGAUGAUCGAACGCCCCUGAGCGAGACUAAACAAUUUUUUGAUGUUAUCGAAAUCAAUCCAAGUGGAUUGUUUCAAAAGAUUCGUUGCAAAGGACCCGUUUGCUGUGGUUGUGAUAAGAUUUUCUUAUCGGAAGAUGAUUUACGAAAACACAGGAGAGAGGCACAUCCUCCGGUUAAUAUUAGGAAUGAGUUUUACUGUGAAUUCUGUUCGAGUAAUUUAGACUGUGCAGCUCAAUUGAAAAUUCACCAGAAAAAGGCUAGAAACACCAUUUUCAUGUACUGCAAGAAAUGUCGAAAGAUACAAACUCAGCCACACCGUCACCAAUUAGAAUUUCACAUAUCAGAGGAUGUUUUGAAGAAUUUCAGCAAGCAAAUCGUCAGUACAUAUGAUUGCUGUGUACCACGAUGCAACACUACCUACGAUACCCAACAAAUGGUACAAUCGCAUUUAUUGGCAGCACACGGUAGAAAUGAUUCAGCAGAUGAUAAAACGUGUGGAUACUGCAACGCAUCUUUUUCGACUGAAUCUGCAUUCGAAGAGCACAGAAGCCAUGGAAGUACACACGAAAAAUACUUCUGCGAGAGAGAUAACUGCCAAUAUACUGUUCUUAGCCUGGAUAGAAUAAUUUUGCACAGUGUGCAAGAGCCCCAUAAAGUCGUGUCCAAGGAUGGAGGGAAGAAAAUCAAGCCCAAACAUGCCACACCCGAUUUGAAACAUUUCACUGUAAUUGGGGAAGUGGAUGACACAAUCGAUGUAUUGGAAUGUGAAAGCGAGUUUUGUUGUGGCUGUUUUGAGUUUUUUGAAAUUAAUCGGACAUUUUUAACACAUUGCGAAGAAAAACAUGCAAACGUACCAGGUGAGUUUUAUUGUGGAACGUGCAAAAGAGAAUUCGCACAUGAAAAAGCCUUGAAUGCCCAUGAAGAAAAAGCCGCAGACAGAAUUUACUACUAUUGUCGGCCUUGCGAAGCGUUUUUGUGGGACAUUCUUCAAGUGAAUCGCCACAAGGCCUAUGUCCACACCGACAUUGAGUGGAGCGCUGCGGAUGAACGCUAUGAAAGGGUUGAAGACUGUACGCCCAUAUGCUGUGGUUGCGAUAAGCAAUUUGAAAACGAGGAAGAACUCAUAGAACACAGACGAGUUAAACAUGCGAAGAAUACCAACAAGUUUGGUAUCAGGUGCGAUCUCUGCCAAAAAUUGUUUGGAUCUUCGGAGCAGCUGCAAAAACACGUGGAUGUUGCAAUGAGUGGUGUGGUUUUCAAAUGCAUGGUAGCGGAUUGUAUUUUUCGAUGUAAGCAACUCUCCGCAAUCAAAUUCCAUGUCACAACAAAGUCACAUCGCAGCGCUGAUGGUCCCAUAUAUCUCGGCAAUCCGAACCCUGGCGAACAUCGUUGUUGCUUCAUGCGUUGUGAUUUCGUUGCUGAUUCCUACGAUAAGCUCAUAAAUCAUGCGGACAUCGAACACACCGUGAGCCGUGAGGAGAGAAAUUUACAUCCACAUCCCUAUUAUACCGUAAAAUGCCCAGUUUGCCUCAAAGGAAUGAGAAGUGAAAUGUCGCUGAUGCUUCAUCAGCAAGGCAAAACAACCGUUAUAUGUAAAUGCUGUUUGAAAAGAGUCAAACGGGAGGAGUAUACCAGCCACCUUGAUGAGUGUAGCACAAAAUCUACAGCUAUGUGCGAAAAAUGCUCCGAAGAGUUACCUUCUCAGGCUCUUUUGAGAAAACAUAUGAGACAAAAACACCGAGUACAGUCUGCUAAAGAUCCUACAGUUUGCAGUAUUUGUAGCCGACAUUUCAGCAGUCCCACCGUUUUGCGCGAACACAUGGCUAGCCACAAAAAUCAACGAUUAUGGAAGUGUGGUUUGUGUCCUCUAAGAUUCAACAGUUAUACGCCCUUCAUAAACCACAGCCGUGUCCAUACGAAUGAGAAAAAAUACGGAUGUCGCCAUGGAUGUGAGAAAAGAUUCAAAUACCAAGGGGAUCGUGAUCGACACGAAAAAUUGACACAUUUGGGAAUUAGGCCAUUCAGUUGCGGGGUCUGUCCGGCAUCAUUUGUACGCGAUCGCGAUCUUCGAUUGCAUAUGAGGAAACAUACGGGAAUCAAACUGUUUCCUUGUGAAAAUUGUGAUGCCAGUUUCGACAAAUUGAGUGAGAUACGACAGCAUAAGGAGGAAUGUGAAGGAAUCAAUUAGGCGUUGUUGUCUCUGUGGUUUCUGCUAGAUGUUUCAACCAUUAAAAUCAUUCAUAAGGUAUUACGACAUACAAAAUAAGUAUUGUUUGAUAAGAGAACUAUUCCCUAUUCAUGGUAACCAAUAGCUACAGGCAAUUCUGUGCUUUCUUAAAGUGUUAAUCUAUUAUUAAUAUUUUAUUCGCUCUGUGUGAUGAAAACGCGUUUGAAGAAGUCUAUGUAAGCGCUCAAAUAAAAAGCGCUCGGCGUUCGAAAACACCGAGUGCUUGAGAAUCCUCUUCAAGCAUAGUUCUUGCUUCGUUCCCAUAGAGAACAACCGGUCGAAUUAGGGAUUUAUACAUGGUACGCACUUCAAACGGGGCAGUUUUUUGGACCUUAAGGAUUCGCGAAACUCAUUGAUUAUGCGUCUUCGAAUUUCACGGCUGUUGUUGUUUCAACACCAUUCAUCGCUGCCUGAAUCAGUUUUCGGGUAAAGCCGUGUUCAUCCGUGAUUCUCCAUAGCUGUCGUCGGUCGAUCAUAUUGGAAUCGACGAACAUGAGGUGUGUAGGGACCUGAUACUCGCAGCACUUUUGGAGGAUCUGACGCAGUGUAAAAAUCUAGUUCGUCGUCGAACAACCAGUCAUGAAUCCGACCUGAUAACUUCCCACAAAUCAACUUACUAUUGGCGAUAGACGACGAAAGAGGAUCUUUGAAGAACUUUGUAGGCACCAUCUAGAAUCGUGAUAGCACGAUAGUUUCCACAAUCCAGCUUGUCACCUUUCUUAUAGAUGGGGCAGAUUACCCCGUCCUUCCACUCCUCCGGUAGCUGUUCUGUGUACCAGAUCCUGACUAUCAACCGGUGCAUACACCAUAUAGUUUUCACGGACCUCCCUUGAAGAGCUCCGCUACGAGGCCAUCCUUACAAGCAGCUUGGUGGUUCUUUAGCUGAUUAAUGGCCACUAACUUCAUCCAUCGUCGGGGGUGGUACGACGUCGUUGUACUGGCGUAGUCCUCAACGCCGUCUUGGUCUCCUGUUUGCGCGCUGUUCAGGUGUUCAUCGUAGUACUGCCUCCAUCUUUCGAUCACCUCACGUUCCUUCGUCAAGGUGCCUCCUUUCUUGUUCCGGCUCAUUUCGGCCCGCGACACAAAGCCGUUGUGCGAGGCGUUUAAUUCCUUGAAGAACUUCCGCGAUUCUCGAGAAUGCUUCAGCGAUGUUAGCGCCACGAUAGGUUCUGACAUCGACGAUAUCCGAGAAGUGUCAAUCAAAACGUGGUCAAUUUGUGUUCCUGUUUGCUGAGAUGAUCUCCAGGUGUAACGGUAUUGGAAGCUGCGCUGGAAGGUGUUGAGAGACUUCCAGUUCUCUGUUCCGUGUUUCCAAUCACUAGUCCGGGGCUAUUGCGUGGG